GACACGAGAAGGAAGACAAUUGAUCAACUAGCGUCCGAAUAUUAUAGUAUAGUCGGAUUCCGAAAGAAUUAACCGAUCUGUCUUUGCUUUACAAUACCACAUACGUACCGAACUCGCUAAACAACUAAACAUCCCCGUCUAUUGGAGCAAUACUCCCCUUUACUCCUCCGAAUGGCUUACAAAUGCCGGGGUAUUGGAUGUAGUCUCAAACCUGGAGUGCGGGGAAGCGAUGAACUACCAUCUACGACUACCGAGAUGAUCAACCAAUUGAGAUGUGCUCGUUAUAAGAAGAGAUAUAUCUCCAACAUGGCCUGUUUGUUCUCAAUAAAUUUUGUUCUUCUCAUUUUAAGUACAUGAGUUUUUUUGCCAUGAUGGGUUCUGUUAAGUAUUCAACACAAUUUGAAAUCAAAGAGGCGCCUAUAGAUGGCCACCGGCCCAUGAAAGUUCGGGUAAUAGGGGCUGGCUACUCCGGAAUUUACAUGGGUAUUCGCAUACCACAACGUUUACGCAAUAUCGACUUCCAAAUAUACGAAAGAAACGAAUCAGUGGGUGGUACCUGGUGGGCGAAUAAGUAUCCAGGAUGUGCAUGCGACAUCCCAGCACAUUCUUACCAGUACUCAUUCAAUCCGAACCCUGACUGGUCUGCUUUCUACGCACCUCAAAAAGAGAUAUGUUCAUAUCUCCAAGGGACAGCUGAGAAAUAUGGAGUCCUCAGAUACGUCAAGCUAUCACAUAGCGUAGAGUCCUGUCGGUGGGAUGAUAACAGGAAGAAAUGGACCUUAAUGAUUAAGCGGACUGAUACCAACGAGACUUUUGAAGACGAAGCUGAUGUGCUGGUUUCUGCUAGAGGAAGUCUCAGCGACCCUGCUUGGCCGAAUAUCCCUGGUUUAAAAUCCUUCAAGGGGGAAACCAUGCAUUCAGCAUUAUGGAAGGAAGGUUACGACUUCAAGAAUAAGAGAAUUGGAGUUAUAGGGAACGGAUCUAGCGCUAUACAGAUCGUCCCAAAAUUACAGAAGAUUGAAGGGACGAAGCUCUCAUGUUUUGUCAGAAGCAAGACGUGGAUCACGAAUCCUUUUGGUGAUAGCGUGAUGGAAAAGCUUGGAUUGGACCCGACCAAAUUUGAAUUUACGUCGGAACAACGUCAAGAAUUUGCCAAGGAUCCUGAGAAAUUCUUAAACUUUCGCAGGAUUAUCGAAGUAGACGGCAAUAUAUCCCACCCUAUUUCGUUGAGGGAAUCGGAGAUGCAGAGAGAAGCGAUUGGGUUAUUAGGCGAAGCAAUGAGACAGAGACUAUCAAAGAAGCCCGAAAUCGCUGAAUUCUUGAUUCCCGCCUUCGGAAUUGGUUGCCGGCGCAAUACGCCAGGGCCGGGUUACCUCGAGGCACUCGUUGAGGACAACGUAGACUUCAUCACUGACCCCAUAGAAACGAUAACGGAAGGAGGAAUAACUCUGAAGUCAGGUCGCUUAGUUCCCCUUGAUGUUCUUGUCUGCGCUACAGGAUUCAAUACCUCGUCGGCGCCACCAUUCCCAGUUUACGGACGUACUGGCCAAUCGCUACAGUCACGCUUCACACCAUACCCCACGGCAUAUCUAGCACUUACAGUAGAUUCAUUUCCCAAUUUCUUCAUGAUGCUCGGCCCGAAUGCAGCCAUUGGAGCCGGAUCUCUAACUGUUAUGCUAGAAAACCAAGGCGACUACAUUAUAAAAAGUAUCCGAAAACUACAGAAAGAAGACUACGCUAGUAUGACGAUUAAGCCCGAGCGUAUGCGUGACUGGGAUGAGUACUGCGAUGAAUAUUUCAAGCGUACUGUCUAUACGGACGCGUGUCAUAGUUGGUAUAAGAGCCAGGGAGGUUUGGGCGAGCGUAUCGUGGGCUUAUGGCCGGGGAGUGCACUCCAUGCGCUUGAGGCUCUACGAGCACCCAGGUGGGAAGAUUAUGACUGGGAAAGCAUUGAUGGCAAGGGGUCGAACAAGCUGAGGUGGCUGGGGAACGGGUGGAGCAUUACGCACUCCAAGGGCGAAGGAGAUAAUGAAUGGGGUGGUAACCCUGCUUGGUAUAUCGAGCCUAACUUUCUGGAUAUUCCUAUUCCAGGGAACCCGGAGGACGACAAGGACCUAAAGAUGCGACCGUUCUCACAUUAGUUGUUAUCGGAAUAAUGUUCAUUGUACUUAACUUUCGGUAUUGCAGCUUAAUCGAAAUCACGACUUUGUUACAUUGACAUAUGAUAUUUGACCGGGUUGGGAUUAUGUCUGGGGUAUUCAGAACCUAAGAAUCAUGUCAAGUUACAUCAAUGAAAAAUAUCCGUAGCUUUUU